CUCCAACCCAGGUUUCUGUAAAUCCUCAAGGGUCUGAGGCAGUGUUCUAUGCUGAAUUUGGGGCAUGUGAUAUUAGGAGGAUGGUGACAAUCAAUGAGCUUGUAUUUGAGACUGAGAUCACUUCUACAACAUUCUCAAAAACUGCACCAAUUUAUUACCCUGUGGCCUGUAAAUAUGAAAGGCCAGAAGAUUGGACGCCGCCCCUGUAUGAUCCUCUGCUGUUUCACACACAUGGCCAGGGAGAUCUGUCCUUUCGUAUGACUCUCAUGAAGGAUGACUUUAGUGCUGUGGCCACUACCACAACAUUCCCACUAGGCUCAACAAUCCCAAUUGCUGCUUCAUUUGAUCAGACGACCCAUCAGCCAUUAAUACUGCUCCUGGAUGAAUGUGUGGCCUCCACAACACCAGAAUUGGGUCCAGAUUCUCAUAUUUAUCCACUCAUUACCAAUAAGGGGUGUCUGGUAGACAGCAAAAAGACAAACUCCAGGUUUCUGCCAAGAAACCAGUUGUCAGAGAUCAGGCUGAGUCUUCAAGCUUUUAAGUUUGCCAUCGGAGAAGAGGUCUACCUGCAUUGCAGACUUGUGGCAUGGGACCCAAGAGACCUGGAUGGUAGCAAUAAAGCUUGUCAAUAUGACCGGAAAAGCUCACGGUGGGUGUUGACUGAUGAUCCAUCCCAGAGUUCUCUCUGCAGCUGCUGUGACACUGACUGUCAAGGAAGAAAGAAAAGAGAAAUAACAGCAGAUUCCUAUACUUUAACUUCUGUGCUUGGGCCUCUUGUUGUUGAAAACUGAGGACCGGGUCGUGCCUCAUGGAUUUGGCAAGAUGGGCUCCUCCAAGCCGCUGGAGUUGUUUUGGACGUCCUAAGGAUGGAGCUCUCUGUGCCUGUUCAACUGUUUCUUGAGUGAAAUAAACUAUUAUAAAGU